AUGAAUAAUACAAUUCUUGAAAAUUUAACAUUUCAUCAUGAUGAUAUGUCUCAUCAACAACCAUUAUCAUUUAUAAUUGAUUUAAGAUUUUUUCUUUUUCGUAUUUUUUAUCCCUUUUUACUUAUAUGGGGUACGAUUGGCAAUGCCUUAUGUUUAAGAGUAUUAUUAAGUAGAAAAUUUAAUAAAAAUUCAACCUGCCAAUAUUUAGCUAUACUUGCUGUUAUUGAUAUUUUAUUCAUUGUUAUGCGUUCAAGUCGACAUAUAUAUAAACUAUUUCGUGAUUCAACAAUAUUCAAUACUUCACAAUGGGUAUGUCGUAUAUUAACUUUUUUUUCAUCAGCAUUAGCACAUUUGGCAUCAUGGACAUUGGUCAUUGUCAAUUUUGAUCGAUAUUUUAUAGUAACAAGUUAUUAUCGACGACAGGGUUCAACCACUAAUCGAGUAUUUUGGUCUACAAGCACACUUAUUGCUAUUGUUGCCCUAUGCAAUCUUUAUUAUUUCUUUAUACUUGGUCGAUCAAUAAGAUUAGACGGUUUUGGUGCACAAGUUCAACGACGUUUUUUAAUUCGAAUUUUAUCAUCAACAAAUGAAACAUCAUUAGCAAGUUUAAAUAAUUCAAUAAAUUAUUCUCGUUCUGAAUUAUUACGUUAUAAACCUUCAUAUAUAUUUGUUUGUAUACCAAGUACCGGUUUUGAAGGAUUUUUUCGAACAUAUAUACCUAUAUUUGAUAUAUUACUUGUUGUUGCUAUUCCAUUUUUACUUCUUUGUUUUACAAAUAUUGGUAUCAUUACAUUUACUAUGCGUAGUCAUCGUCGUAUGCGUCAAUAUCGUAAACGUUCACAUCGUCGACAUCAACGUUUAACAAUAAUGCUUUUAUCAGUUACUUUAGCAUUUAUUGGAUUAACAUGUCCAUCAGUUAUAUUUAUAUGUGUUAAUAAGAUAAUUUAUUCUGGACGUAUUGUAAUUGGACGUAAGGAUAAUUUAAAUGAAAAUGCUAAUUUAGGUCCACCAUCACAUGUUCAAUUAAUUGUUGAUGUAUGUGAAGCAUUAUGGUAUACAAAACAUGCGAUGAACUUUAUUUUAUAUACAUUAAGUGGACAAAGUUUUCGUCGUGAAUUUUUAAAAGUAUUUACCCCAUAUUUGAAUUGUCAUUCAUUAUUAAAAAAAACUGACACAACAACAACAAUCACACAACCAACAACUGAUUCACAAAUGCAUAUAACAAGUACACGUCAUAAAGCUUUCCAUCGAAAAAGUUCAAGAAAAAAUCCAAUCAAUGAUGCACUUAAUAUAUCGAAUGCUGUAUUUUUACAUUAA